UGGAGAUCAAGAGAAGGUUUUGAGUAAGUUAAAGUUGUCGAGUAUCAAUCAUUAUUUUAUUUAUGAAGGAGAGACGGACGGAACCAACCACGUUCCCAAUCCCAAGACAAAUUUAAUAUAAACCAACCAAAUCCCACAGAGAUAUGUGAGUUGAGAGAGUUAAUCAGUUCUCCCAAGGCCACAAGAGCUUCCCAUAAGGUGCGAUAACUGUGAGAUGCCCUCAGGCAUGGUGAUGGGCGGUCGUUCUAAUAAUUAUAAUUACAAUUGUAAUGGCGGCUUCUCCAACAGCUAUAUGCUUCUAAACCCAGAAGAGGUCAAGUUCUUGGAUUUGUUCCGUCUCUUGUUUUCCAGCAACCUCAAAAAAAGGAGAUUUGUAGAUUCAAGUCACGCCAGAGAACAUAAUUUCUGGCACAGAUUCUUCAUCUUUCUCUCUAUUGUCGUCCUAAAGCUCCUCCGUUUCUUUGACAAACCCCUUGCCUUGCUUGGCUUCUUCCUCGAGUCCUCUCUCAAUUUUCUGUCCCUCAACGGCGGCUUUUCCGGCAUUCUCCUCAACUUCUUCCGAUUGAGGUUGAAGAUACCGAACACCUCAUCGGCGGAAUACUUGUCAAUGAUUGGUCAUUUGGAUAGCAGAGUAACAUUGGACAGAAGUAUCAAACCUGGUGAUGUCAAUUACUUCGGCGCCCUUUGUAUGAUGGCUUCCAAACUUUCCUACGAGAAUGAAGCUCACGUUGCACAAAUUGUGAAGGAUGUCUGGAAGAUGGAGUUCUUGGGAUUUUUCAAUUUUUGGAAUGACUAUCAAGAAAAAUGCUCAACACAAGCAUUCAUGAUGCGUGACAGAAAAGAUAAUCACGACACCAUCAUUGUGUCCUUCAGAGGCACAGAGCCAUUUAAUGCUGAUGAUUGGAGUUCUGACUUUGACAUCUCUUGGUACGAGAUUGAAGGCAUCGGAAAAAUUCAUGGGGGAUUUAUGAAAGCACUUGGCCUACAAAAGUGCGUAGGAUGGCCCAAAGAAAUGGAGCGAAAAGGUCAUGAAAGACACCCUUUGGCUUACUACACCCUAAGAGAGAAGCUUAAAGAACUUAUGAAAGAAAAUGAGCGGACAAGAUUUGUAGUGACAGGGCACAGCCUGGGCGGGGCUUUGGCCAUUCUAUUUCCUUCUAUUUUGGUGUUCCAUGAAGAAAAAUUAUUGCUGGAAAGAUUAGAGGGAGUGUACACAUUUGGACAACCUCGAGUUGGAGACCGCACGUUUGGGGAAUUCAUGGUGAAAUCACUCGCGGAAUACAAGAUUCGUUACUACAGAUUCGUUUAUGGUUUCGACAUGGUUCCCAGAUUGCCCCUUGAUGACAAGGCGUUGAUGUUCAAACACUUUGGACCUUGUAUUUAUUUCGACUGGAACUAUGUUGCACAGAUUCUUGAAGAAGAGCCAUUCAAGAACUAUUUCUCGAUAGUGGGAGCAAUACUGAUGAGAAUACAUGCGUGCUUGGAGAUAGGAAGAAGCUUCACAAUAUCAUGGAGAAGGGGAAAGGAGUAUGAGGAAAAAGUGUUCUUGAGAAUUGUGAGGUUGUUUGGAUUGUUGUUGCCUGGAAUUCCUGCUCACUGCCCUCAAGAUUAUGUUAAUUCAACCCGCUUGGGUUCCACAACUCCCUUUCACACUGAGUAUGAUGUCAAAGUUGAGUAGCUUUUUUUUUUCUUUCUAAAAGGAUACUAUAAUAAUAUACCUAGUGUACUUUGAUGAUAUAUUUUAUAAUGAAUGUUUGUUAAAAUGGACGAACAUAUAUGUUUGAGUUCGACCAUAUCUAUUUGUUGUUAAUUGGUUUGUAAUUAAAUCGACAUCUUUCUCUAGAUUAACCGCUAAUUUUUUUA